AGGCAAAAAUCGUGAUGAUGCCCUGCAUUCUGCGGCGGCAAACCGUGGGCGGAGACCUGCCCCUUUUUCAAGUGGCCGGUUUUGUGGUGAUUGCCGUUGGUUUCAGCCUUUUGGUGCUUCGAUACAUCGAUGCAGGGCAGCUCCUAAGCUCCCAAUCUCGGACCCAAAGACGAGAAAGGCUUCUCUUAGCCGUGCGUGCCUACUUGCGAAAGCAAUGGCUGCACUUUGCUUGUCUUGCGAUUUGCAGCAUCCUGAUCCUUCUUGAUACUACGACUGGGUGUGCUGAUAAUGCAGGCAGCUACAUUACCUCCUCUGCAUUUCCUGGUUUGGGCUUGUUGUUGAGCCUGGAUCGGUUGGUCAUGUAUGCCAAAGAGGAGAAGGCGGUUGAAUUCGGCUCUGCAAAUGCAAGCCCACUUCACCAUGCUGGGUCAGAAAACUUGGAACUGGGUCCUGCUGGUGCAACAAGCCCGUCCCCAGCCAACCUGCGCUCACUGCCCGUAACCCGUGCUUCGCCCUUCGGUGCUGCAGGUUAUCGGCUUCUCGACUUCUCAGCGUUGCUGGAGCAUUUAAUCCAAUACCUCCGAGAAGAAGAACUGCAGUUGGCACAGCAACGUGAGGUUCUGGCAGCCGGGCAGACGGCUAAACAAGCAGCUGCAUCUCAGCUUACACUACUGCGAGCCAGCGCGAGACUGGAUGAUAGCCCCGAUGCCCAAUGGGAUUGGACAAUCACUGCCUCGGCAGGCUCCGAAACUGCCUUGACAGUCAUUGCGCCCAGAUCUUUCACCUACCUUCGACGCUUGGCCAACCUGGAUUGUGAGGCAUUGCUUAAUGAGCUUUUGCAAACCAAUCUUGGUGAGCUUCGAGUCGCAGCCAAAAGCGGUUCCUCCUUGCUGUGCUCUGCAGACCAGCGAACCUUUGUGUUGAAGACUGUCUCCAAAAGUGAAGUGAAGCAAGUGCGAGCCAUGCUGGCAGAUUACAGAAAACAUUUGGAAGAACGCCCGGAGUCCUUGCUGUGUCGAAUAUAUGGCUGCUUCAGCUUCAGGAAUUCCCUGGGCUACUUCUUACAUGCUGUGCUGAUGGACUGCUUGGUUGGUUUGCCAGCAAGCUUGACCGAUUUUGAUUACAUGACACCAAAAGUCUUUGACAUCAAAUCAGAG